AGUGUGCAUGCGCAUGCGCAUGCGUACAGCGCGUAGGUCAGAGGUUAGUACACUGAUGACAGGAAGAAUGAUUCUGAGAAGAGCGUUGUCGACUCUACAACCUACCAGACGGGUUUGGAUGGGCGUAACAACGGAGAGAGUCGCGGCAUGGGCUCCGUCUGGAGCGGUGUGGCUAGGAGUUGCAGGGGUUGCACUGGUGUGGGCCACGGCCUGGAAGGUUGUCUUGGGCAGAAUACCGUAUAUCAAGGACACUUACCCACCUUCUGCAAGUAGUGAUGACUAAGAACCUCAGCCACAGUGUGCAGUUGUAGUAGAUGUCUGGUAAUGUAUGCUGCUGUUUAUUUAUGAAACUGUGUAGUCACUUUUGAAUACCAUAAUUUUGUUGAGGGUAGGGAGUGAGAUAUGUAGAGAAGCACCCAAUAUCUCCACAUGAAUUCUUUUGAGGGU